GAUUGGUUGAGAGAAUCGUAUGACUUUAUUGACGUUCACAUAACCUAUUCAAAAGUUAUGUCAGGCGGGGGAUUCCGGUAGUCUCGCAUUUUUCAAGAAAUGGCUGAAACCGAGGCUAAUGUGAUAGUAGGGCCUGAAGUGGAGCGUUUCAUUGAAGGUUCCUUAGGUGAAUUAUUACUACUUUUACUGAAAACACACUGUGAUAAUAUUGUACAAGUUGACGCCGCAACUGAUGAAGAAUUGCCAGCAAAUUUAUUAUUAAGUCGUUCCAUACAAGUAGCAAAAUGGUUAAAAAGUAUCGGAGUCAAAGAAGGAGAUUCAAUUUCGGUAAAUAGCGAAAAUCGAUUAGAAUUUGCCGUUGUAACAGUAGCCACGUUUUUUAUCGGUGCUGUUUUUGCCCCUUUAAACCCUGAAUAUACUCCAGGUGAACUAAACCAUGUUCUCAAACUGUCAAAACCACGAGUGGUUUUUUGUUCACCACAAACCAUCAAAAACAUGACUCAAGUGUUUGCCCAUCACCCAAAUUUGACACAUUUAGUUUUAUUCGGGGCGCGAAAAUUAAACGAAAAUUAUGUGACAAUGCACGAGGAUAUUAUCAGAGGUGCCACUCCUGAUAACAUUGACGAAAGUUUUGAAGCCACUCCUGUGAAUCCCACAGAAGCCGUUGCUACGAUUUUAAUGUCUUCGGGGACUACCGGUUUACCAAAAGGAGUGAUGUGCACCCAUGAAAGCAUGACCAUCUAUGUCGAUAUAAUGAGGGUUACCAUGGCGCAAAUAAUCGAAAACGAAGACCCCAGUGACGCUAUAAUGGGUCUCGCGCCCUUUUUCCACUCCAUGGGUUUCAUGUUGAUGUUUUUGAAUCUACUUCGUGGUAAAAAAAUGGUGGUUUUGAGUCGUUUCAAAACAAAAAUUUUCCUUGAUGCUAUUAUCAAGUACAAAAUUUCGCGACUUGUGGUACCACCACCGGUCAUGUUGGUACUCCUGAAACACCCACUUACUAAACAGUAUGAUUUAUCUGGGGUUAAAGAAAUCCGGACCGGGGCGGCCCCCAUGGGCAAAGACAUGGAACGUGAAUUGAAAGAACGAUUUAAAGUGGGCCAUGUUUCUCAAGGUUAUGGAAUGACUGAAACUACUUUAGGGAUUUUAGUCAGUCCUUUAGGGAAAACUAAAGUCGGUUCAGUUGGUAAAAUCGUUCCAGGGAUGAUGGUAAAAGUCAUUGAUGAGAAUGGAAGGGCCGUAGGGCCGUACAAAGAAGGCGAAGUGUGUUUUAAAGGGCCGUUGAUUAUGAAGGGUUAUGUUGGCGACCCUGUCGCCACAGCCAACACGAUCGAUCAAGACGGCUGGAUACAUACAGGCGACGUGGCUUACUACGAUAAUGAAGGCUAUUUUUUUAUUGUUGAUAGAAUUAAAGAACUUAUUAAAUAUAAAGGCUAUCAAGUGGCCCCUGCCGAACUUGAAGCGUUAUUAAUUACACAUCCGGCGGUGGCAGAUGCCGCUGUUAUCGGCUUACCUGAUGAAAGGGCCGGGGAAUUACCUUUGGCCUUUGUUGUGAAAAAACCAGGUCAUGAAACGAGUGAAAAAGAAUUGGAAAAAUUCGUUGCCGAUAAUGUUUCGUCACAAAAACAAUUAAGAGGUGGGGUUGUUUUCAUUGAUGCGAUUCCGAGGAAUCCCUCAGGGAAGAUUCUAAGGAGACAUCUGAAACAGCAAGCCAUCACACUUAAAUCAAAGCUUUAGGAAUUUUUGUUGUUGAUUAUUUACUACCUGUUGAUAAUUUUAUAUCGUUUUGUUGGUGUAGUGUGUAAUAAAUGUGAGAAACAAA